AUCGUUCAACCGUUGCUUGAGUGCUCCAUCGGCCCUUUCACCCUUCUUUCCACAUCUCUGCACACCACUACUGCGGAACUCUGGACGCACACACACGGAUAGCAUUCGACCUAGGAGCAAACGAGACCGCUAAUCAGCCACAAUAACCAUCUACUGUCCUGAGCAUCCUUCACGAACUUCCUUCACUCUCAACCGAUAUCAUCUGAAGAAUGAACCGGCGAAGGACGAACAAAUCUGCGAAGGUUCCGAACGUGAAGUUGCGGCCAGCAGCUCCGUCUGAUCGAGCAAGCAGGAACCGCGAAGAUGCAGAUGCGCCACCAUCAUGGGCUCGCGAUAUGGGAUUUGACUCGGAGCAGGAAGUUAGCACCGUGGACUUGUGUCCGAGGCCUUUCCAAGGAGUCGUCGUGUGCGCUACAGGCAUUGAGGACAAGACGACGUUAUUCAAACAAGCUCUAGAGCUCGGAGCACUCGCAACUGGCGACCUGACGGACAGAGUAACGCAUUUGCUUGCUGCUGAGCCCGGAAGCGCGAAGUACAGAUGCGCACUGGAAAACAAGAUCCCUAUCAUGCACCCAGACUGGAUCACGGAGAGCUUCGACAUCUGGCUCAAGGGCGACGAUGUAGACCUGCCAACGAGCAUCGAGAAAUACCGCCUCCCCGUCUUCACAGGUGUCGUCUUAUGCCUCUCCGGCAUCGACGACGUAGAGCGCCGCACGGAGAUCAACAGACUUGUCACGAAGAAUGGCGGCAAGUAUGUGAAGAACAUCGAGCGUCCCGUGAGGGUGACGCACCUUGUCUGUGGGAGCGCGAAUGAAGACCAGACGGAGAAGAUGAAAUAUGCAGAGAAAUUCAACCAGAGGGGCGAGGCGAACAUCCAGAUCGUGUGGGAGGAGUGGUUCUGGGAUUCGCUAGACUUCGGAGGGAGGUUCGAUGAAGCUGCGUACAAAGCAUCUAAUCCUCGCCCGCAGCGAAAACAACUACCAGAACGGGCUACCCCUCCCCGGCCAUCUUCCUCACCCCAACCGCACAGCUCGCAAUCUCAUCCGCAACAAAGAAGGAACAACAGCACCGACCUUCUCGCAGCCGCAGUGAACGACGAAGAAGAGGUCGCCUCUGCGCGGCGCGUCCCCGCAGAGAUGCUCGCCAUCUGGGGGAGCCUGCUCAAGCCGCGGGGCUUCGAAGUGCAAGCUGGGCGACUCGUACGGAGUCCAACCAGGUCGCAGCCGCAACAGCCGUCUGGCGGCGAGGAGUCGCCGAGUAGGACAAAAAUGGAGCGUUUGAACGUGAAUGUGGAGAAUGAGCAGCUGAGCGCGAGGAUGAAGGGCAGGUCAACAAGCGCACUUACGCUGUCGUCGUUCAGACGAGCAAACUCGUUUGCGCCCAUGAGCAAGGACAAGGAUGUAAUGGGUACGAGGCAGCCAUUCAAGCGGGCCCCUGUAGGACCUCAGACGUCUUUCCUUGCUCAUCCGUCUGAGUCUUCCGCUCGAGCGGGACCGUCUCGGCUGUCAAUAAUGGUACCAGGUGACAAGGAUAAGGAGAGGGAGGAAGAGGGUUCGGAACCGGAGUCAAGCACUUCGACAUUGUUCAAGGGUCUCAAGUUCCGCGCUCUAGGAGAGGCCCAAGGGCCGAGUGUUAAAGCUGCCAUCAAGGAUUACGGCGGGACUCUGGUCAGCGAACUUGACGAGGACGUUGACUUUAUCAUCGUGCGCCUGGUCAGUGGGAGCAACUUCUUCCGGCAAGAAGCGGACGAGGACGAGCGCAGAAGGUACAGGACGGAGUGCUGGCUCGAGCGAUGUAUAUUCGAUGAACGAAUAUGUCUGCCUGAGGAGCAUGUUGCUUUCCUGCCGCUCAGUGUACCUACUCCUAUCGAUGGUGCUGAGCGGAUUGUCCUGAGCCAUUCGGGCCUGGACCAAUCUGAAGCGUGCUGGAUACGAAGACUGGCUCGCGCACUCGGCGCCACUAUCUCGCCAAACUUUUCUCGUCAUUCCACGCAUCUUCUGUGCCCUAGUCGGACGGGUGCGAAGGCGGAGAAGGCUAUCGAGUGGGGCGUCCCGAUCGUGGAUAUGGCGUGGCUGGCAGCCCUUGCUAAUACCGGUAGCAUACCUCCUGCGCAACACGACGCAGAUAUCGCCCCAGAACCUCCAUUAGGAGUCGAGACAGAGUCGGCCGAGGUGGACUUAGACCUGGCACCGCCUAAGGUAGAUCGGAAAGGCAAAGGAAAGGCGAAAGAUGAGGCGGAAGCCACGAUGUCGGAUAUCACGAAUGGUAUCUCUUGUGAUCAAUCAGGAAUUACAUCGCUACAACAUCACCAUUCUGAGCCUGGCCUGAACACUGUAGGCACGGACGAUGUUUCGUCAGGCGCAGAAUCUUUUGGAAAGCCGAAUGGCCUGCUUGACACACAUUGGAACCCACCGGCGACACCACCUCCACCGAGCAGAUCACACAGCGGCCUCACUCGUUCCGCCUCCGCUACUACCAUCUCUGUCAACUCCACCCAGAUCCUCGUCAAAGACAGUCGCGCGGCCUCAAUGGCCGAAAUACUGCCGCCACUCCCGACUCAGCGUGUGCCGUCGUCCGAGUCGCCCUCACCAUUGAAGCACCCCGGAACCGCCAGCCUGCCAACAUCACCGACCAAGCCAGGAAAGGGCGCCCAGCUAGCCUUGCACGGUAGCAUCACCUCUUUGCUGGGCAAGCGGCCAUCGACUGAGGAUGAGGGCUCGGAGAAGGGGCAACCUACGCGGGCUGGAAAGCGGGCUAGGCCGCCGUCCAAAUCGAAGUCGCUAUCAUUCACGAACCCUGUGAGUGCUCACGCUGGAGCCACCGUCGACGGAUUCGACCCAGAGGUCCUCUCCACUCCGAGCACGUUCACCCUCGCGGACGCACAGGCCGCAGGCCGGGGCUUGUGCGUCGGGUAUGACGACCCGGGCCAGCAUGCGGAACAAAGGAAGUUAAUGAAGCUGUUCACGAAAGAGAGGAAGAAAGAGAUCUGGGACGUCGACGGAGAUGAGGUCGUGCAGGCGGAGCCGACGACGAAGCCUCGGAAAGCACCGCUACCGAGGAGGAGAGGUGCUAGGGCGCCUGGAUUCUGAUCUCAGUUGGGUUGGACAGUGCCUUUGGUUGCAGCAUCUAUUCUGCGG